AUGACAGGCCGUCUAAGGGUUACCCGUGUCAAUAUUGAUCGUGUUUUCACGCAAGACAAGGUGGAGCGUUCUGAGAGCGCGCCCGUGUCUAUGGUGGAAACCGUACAUUUCGGGGCGGAGCUGCAUCUACGUGGUUUCCUCGGACGCCUCUCCCUCAACACCAAAGCUACGGACAAGGUUCAGCAUGGCACACAGUUUUUCAACAUCCAGCCAGACCUCCAGGCUAAUCUAAACCCGCCCAUUCAAGGAGCAGUGGAACUGGACAUCCCCUCAGAAGGCUUCCCCCGGACCAUGUUGUUCUUUUGUCUGGUCAAAAUUCGCUAUCCCGAGAAGCGCGGCUAUAUUGGCCUUGCGGUGACCCCUAUCAGUACACGAUGGAAUACGCUUGCUAGGAGACCCCUAAGCAACUCCCAUUAUCGUCGAGUUGGUCUGGUGUAUGUAGACAACAUACCUCAGGAUCUGGAGCUAGAUGGGUUCCUUGGCAGAGCAACUAUUUGUCUAACAUGA